CGAGCAUGGCACCCCACACACAAACUGCUGGUGGUGUAGGAGGCAUUACGAUUAAGCAACCAUUUCAACGGCGCCCGUGGCCAUACAACACUGUCAACACGGGCGGUACCGGUGGUACAGCGACGAACGUUGUGUCCACCAGCACGGCUAAUCCGGCCGGCACUACGACAGCCGCCAACAGUACUAGUAUAAGUAGUAAUAGUAAUCUAAGUAACGCUGGAACGAAUGGCAACGGUAAUGCUACCGCUCUGGCCCAGACGACAUCAGGUGCAACAACGACAUCAGGAGCGGCCGCAACAGAACAGCAAACGAACGCCACUACCAUCACUGCCUUUGCAACGACGCCAUCACAAGCGGGCAGCAAUUUCUCCGCCACUACCACCGCCGUUACCAACAACACUGCCACGGCGGCAGCCGCCGUCGCCCUGCUUCGUGUCGCAUCUUCAGGCGGCACACCGAGCGGACUCGCCGUGAGUCCUUCGAACAAACUGAAGCGCCUACAGCCAACGUCGGCUUCGGCGACGACGGCAUCGACAGCCGCAACUGCACCCCAGCCAAAACCACCCACCACCACCGGUGUUCAAACAGACGGAACAGUUAAAAGCAAUAGCAACAGCAAUACGGGUGGCAAUUUUGUAGCCGCCUCUGCCAAACGUGCCCGCCCGAAUCAGGAUGGGGCCAAGAUUGUGUGCAAGUCGGUCGGUACUAAUACGAACGGGCCACCGGCACUGGUCGCCGUGAACAGCGGGAGCAGUACUAGCAGCAGCAACACCAACGCCACGCAGAAAAAGCUGACCCAAAUGGCCAUCGUGGCAGCUAGCACGGCGGUGAACGCUAACACCAACACGCCGCUGGUAGUUAAAUCGGCCGGAUGUGGUGCACCCCUGCCAGCAGCGUCCACUACUACUGCCCCGCUGCUGACCGCUGCACUGCCGACGGAGUUGGCCAAAGCGAACAAAAUCACCGGCUACUUCAAAUCGCAGUUGAAAACGCCCAACACGUUUAACAACUUGAAGAAAAGCAUCAAAACCGUCGCUGGACGCGCGUCAGCACUGCACCAGCAGAAGCGGAAGCUGCUGCCUGGGGACGGUUCGACCGAUGGCUAUCCGGAACUAACGAACGCCGUGAAGUCGCCUACUAACGGCAUUUCAACUUCUGGUGCAAACAGUACCCCGACGAAUCCUGCCCCCCUUUCUGAAGCUGAUGUGGAGAAAUAUUUGAAGAUGUUUCAGCAGCAGCAAGCGUUGGCAAAGUUAAUACCGAACGGAACAUCCUCGUCAUCGACGACGGCCUUGGAAGCAGUGGCAGUUGCGACAUUGGCUGCAUCCGAAGCUGCCGUAACUGCGGCUACAGGAAAUUCCGGGAUCUCGGUGGCGUCCACCAGCAGCACAAUCAACAGCAGCAGCAGCGCCAUCGUGUCCAAGAAGGUAGAGCGCAAAACGGCACGUAUAGCUCCGACCGUGUCCGCGACCCGCAAGAUAAGCCAUUCAGUACAGGGUGGUCUCGGGGUAGGAGGUAGCGUUGCAGGACAGCCGAAAAAACCGAUCAACAUUGCACCGCGAACGACAACCGUGAGCAGUACGACCGCGGUUUACCAGCACACGAUCGUUGCCGCGCCGGCAAGUGGUGGUCCGGUUAGUGCCAACAAUACGACUGCCAGUGUGCACCAUCAUCAUCAAGCGACAACAACAACCACUACUACGCAGAAGACUGAUCAGCAGCAGCAUCCGAUGAUGAUGGCUAAACAAACGCAACCCUCGCCGCCGGUACUUCUCACUGCCAUCCGGCUACCAGGCCCGCAACAACAGUCACAUCCUAACGUUACCGCUUCUCAGCCGCAUACGGCCACCACAGCAACGCAAGCAUCAGCAGCGGCGGCUGCCGCUGUUGUACCACAGUUUAAGUCGAUCGUACCCCAGCAACAGCCAGCAUCCACCACUGUCGCUGGCACGACAAAGUCAAUGCCUGGAUCUAAACUUGGGUCAGCGGUGGUCAGCACAGCGGCGGCCACCACUACGAUCGCUCCGACGGCGGCCGUUUUUCAGUUUCACCACCACCAUCAUCAGCUGUCAGGAGGAGGCGCACCCGGUCAGAUACCAAAUCUGGUGCAGAUCUCGAACCUGCUUCCUCUCGCAGCUGCCCAACAGCAAGCCAAACUAACCGGUGGAGCGUCGCUGACACUUGCUACCGCUGCUAGUGCAGCGGCCAUGCAGCAACACCAGCAGCAACAGCAGCAGCAAGCUUCAUCAGCAGCAGCAGCCUUCGCAUCAGCCCUUGGUUCCGGUACACCGACGGCCGCUACAGCCGCCAACCUGCUAGUCAACGCAAACGGCAUCAACUCUGGUGCGGCUGGGCUGAUACGUAGCGGUACAUCGAAUGGUACAACAGUGGCGGGUCCAACACCGCAACUCGUCAUGAACGCCACCUUCAUAAAGAUCCAUCAAAUACAGCAACAGCAGCAGCAGGCGGCUGCAGCUGCCGCUCAGCAAGCCGCCCAACAGCAGCAACAACAGCUAAUGGCGGCAGCAGCCAGUUCGGUCGCAAACGCCACCCAACAGCAGCAGCAAAGCUUCACCAUGGAAGCGUCGGCAAUGAACAUGAACUUUAGCGGCAUGUUUGCCACCAAACCGACGACCACGGUUGUGCCGUACUCCUGCCAACCAGCUACCGGUCGUCCAACCGCUUACCAGCCCCAAAACGGUGCUCCAACACUCUACCCAGCGGCACUCAAUCCGUUCGCUGCUCAGCAGCAGCAUCCUCAGCAACAGCAGCAACAGCUGAUCAUGACCCCAACUGGUGGGAUUUUUGUUAAUGCAGCCGCCAUCCCGGCGAUGAUCAGUUCGCAGCUGAGUGCAGCAUUCACGCAGGCAACCGCCAACAUUCCCGCACUACAUCCACUGCAGCCACCAUCGUUACCAGCUUCCUCGCAGGCAGGCAAUGCGAACGGCACCAGUGGCACCACUGGACAGUUACCAAAUAUCACAGCUAUCAUCCAACAGAGCAAUGGCGGCACGACUGCCGUGAAUAGCAAUAAUGCUGCUACCCCGCAACAACAACAGCAACCCCAACACCACCAUCAUCAUCACUCGCUGCUGGCAAACAUUUCGCCUGCGAUCCUUUCAAACUUACAGGUAGCGGCGGCUGCGCUCGCCUCCUCCGGCAACGGUACUGGUGUGAGUGCGAACAAGCUCGCUCUCGCACAGGCAACAUCGUCCGCAGCGACUCAGUUUGUGCCGAUCUCGGCUGCAGCACACUACGGCGCAGGGACAACGCUUUACGCAGCGGCACCAGCUGGUAUGAGUGCAUCCGCCCUCGGUAUCGCCACAUCCAUGCAUCAACACCACGCGCAACAGCAAGUGUCGUCGGCGGUACAAUCGCUUUCGCCACCACCGCUCGUGGCCACAGUGCCAACAUUCACCACCACCGGCAAACCGAUCAUGAACGCGAUGCUCAACGGUGUCUCGGCGGCAGUAUCCACGCCGUCGGUAACAUCCUCCAGCACGCCGAAACCGCUUGUCGUUAGUGGUGAACCACCCGGUUUGGUGCCGGUCCAGCUACCGAAGCAACAAGCGGCGCUGUCAGGAACUCCGAUCACAUCAACGGUUCCGCUGCCGAAGUUGGUCCGCUCGUCAACGCUCACGUCCCGUAGCAAUGGUUCCACGCAAACAUCGGUUAUACCUCCAAUUGCGCCUACUUCCCCGCCAGCCCUCAACCCACUUACGCUUGACUGUGGCAGCAGCAACGACAGUGGCAUCGUGGCCAACUCCAGCGAUAGCGAGGACAAAUCGCUUACAAUCGAUCUUUGCUCUCCCGGUUCACCCUCCGAUACGUCCUCGGCCAAGAAAGGUGAAGAAGGCGAUGAAGACGAAGAGGACGAUCACAUUCACGAUCAUCAUCAUCAUCAAAGGCGUCAUCUGCAUCAUCGUCGCCAUGCGGCUGGCAGUGUAAACGGGAAUAAGGACGAUGCACGGACAACGUCUUCGCGAUCGUCACCGCUCUCUACCUCAUCUUUGGAUGAUUCCGAGGAUCAGCUGAUCGUCGAUCAUUCGGCGGCUACGACGGCAGCGGUUGCUGCUGCAUCUGUGGCAUCGUCACCAUUUCCACCUCCCCUUCGUCUACUGUCCGAUGUGGCAGUAGCGGCGGCAGAGGCCGAAGCCGCUCUCAUCAACAAUCAGCCGCACCAUCAAACAGGAUCGUCGGUAGGUCACACACAUUCAACCAACUCCACUGUGAUGGAGUUGAUUCGGCAAAAGCACGAGCAGCAGCAGCAACAGCAGCAGCAACAUCAGCAUCAGGAGGUGGCUAAAGUUCAUCCAAAAAUGGAACAAGACGACGAGGACACAUCGUCCACCGUCAAACAGCUGCCAGACGAACAAUCACAGCAAUCACCGCAAGAAGCCAUGUCUACCACCUCAUCGUCAUCUGCAGCGGAUCUGCAGGAAGUUUACAGUGCCGUGCCAACUCCUCAAAGUAUCAGCUCUGCCGAAAGUACAACCAUGCUUCCCCAACAGCAGCAGCAGCAGGAACCGACGAUCCAGGAAGAGCUGGAAAAGAAACAUGCGGACCAAUCGUCCAUCGAUUCUCGCACCUCCAACUCAUCUCCCUCUUCCGAUCAGUCCCACCUGUCACCGCCCAGCAUCGACACGGACAUGGUGCUGCUGCACGCAACCGAAACGAGCUGCGCCAAAAGUCCUAUCCUUUCGCAGCCGAAAACGAUCCGCUUUCCGGCACCGUCCGGUACGGCACCGCAUCACAAUUUCGGGCGCAAGGGUUUCCGCCGGUCGGGUGAUGGCCGGUUGUAUGGGGUAUGCUACUGGCGGGAGUGUGAGAGCAAGUACGACGAUAGCUCGAAGCUGCUCGACCAUGUGAUGUCCGCUCACGUCAACACGCAGAAGGAUCCACCGUACGCGUGCCUGUGGGAUGGCUGCAAGGUACACAACAAGGAGUGCACCAAGUUCAACUGGCUGGAAAAGCACGUCGUGUUGCAUACCAGCAGCAAACCGCACAAGUGUAUUGUGGCCGGGUGUGGAAUGCGCUUCGCCUCGCAGCCAAUGCUGCUCAAGCACGUCAACAGUCACUUCGCGAACGUGGACAGCAUCAGUUCUGGCAAGCGAUCGUCCGAUCCGCCCGUCCCAAAGGUGCUACGAAAGACGGGCAAAAAACUGCGCUACCGCCGGCAACCAUGGUCAGCUCGCCGUUUUGAUUUCUUCGACUCUGGCGUAAUGGAAGGUUUGCAGCAUCGUUUGAUACGGCUCGGUACGAUCGCGAGUGGACAGGGUGGCGCAAUAACGUUCCGUGGACUACGGCUUGGCCGUCGUCAUGUGCCCAGAGAAGGAACGGAAGUUCUCGUUCGGUGGUAUCCUGCAGAAAUUUUGCCGGACGAAUGGUUACCGGAGCUGCCGAUGGGCGAGAAGUUUGUCAAGCAAGUGAACAUUCACAGUCUCACGAUCGAGCAGCGAAACGAUUUGUCGGACUAUUUGAAGCACGAUCGGCUGAAUCCAACGGCAGCUGCCAUCGUCAACCCGUUUGCUGCACUGCACGAGCAUACGUUUGAGCCUGCCAGCGGUGGUAGCGGAAGCAGCUCCAAUCUUAGCAGCAUCAGUAGCAACAGCAGCUGGAGCAACAACAGCUUCUCCAACCAGCAACCUGCUGCUGUCCCGUUCAACAGUCGUACAGCACCAAAGCAACAGCGCAAGCGGUCCAAACUGUCUGCCACGAGUUCUUCGUCGCAAUCGAUUACGUCUAGCGGAUUUUCGUCGCUAUUUUCAGCCUCGUUGGCUUCGUUGUCGGGCGGUGCAAGUAGCAGCAACAACACUGCCGUAUCAUCCUGUGGUAGCAACAGCAGCAGCCGUGAGAGAAACUGCGGCACUAUGCAAUUGUCCUCCUCAAGCUCUUCUUCGACGAUCUCCUUUACAUCCUCGUCGGGUUCCUCUUCCACAACGUCAUCAUCUUCAUCAUCUUCAUCCGGACACACGAAGACAUCAUCUUCCUGA